GGGGGCGCAUGGCCGCGCACGCUCUUCCGCGUAUUCCGUGAACAUUCUCCCCGAAUCGGCGUUUAUUGUCUCGUGGGCCCGCAGGUUUAUAUACGCCGACUUGCCAAGGCGGACGAGCUCGACUGUUGCAAAAAUUUCAAUUUCCAUGCCCCUCUCAUUCUGAAGCCUCACUCCUCCUCCUACCGAUCGUCUCCUCUUCCCCCUCUCCAUUCCUCGCUCGAACUUUCAUCAUCCGCCACUCAACGAUCCCAGCUUCGAUCCGAUCUUGGUCUGUGGAGGCAAUCCGUCUUCGCCCCGGAGCCGAUGCGAUCUCGGCUAGGUGCUCCGAUCCGCCGCCGCAGUGGACCGCAUCAAUGAGCAAUGCAGAGAUCGCGUAGAGCUCUUCUGCAAAGAAGAGCUGCUUUGGAGAAGAAUGUCAUUGCAGGGAGGAAAAGCCUCUACAAGGUGUCUUUGUCUGUGGUUAUCCUUUCAUGGGUGCUCUUGUUCCUUCUCAAUUCCUUGAUCAGCAAUGGCAAUGGCUAUAAAGAUGGAAUGGGUGCUGUUGUUGGUGUAUUUAGCUGGUAUGAAGCUCCCCCAGAUCCAGAUGAUGGCACAGACUCUAGGGACAGGUGGGCACAAUCAGAUGCCAAUUCCGAUAACAAUGUUCAGGAAAGCCCCAUUUCAGAGAGCGAGUCUGUAGGGAGUAGCAUAGAAGUUUUAGUUAAUAAAGAUGAUAGAGUAUAUUUAUCAACUUUUGGAAAAGAACAGGGAGCUGAAUCAGACAUCAACAUGGACAAGGAAGCUCCUCUAAAAAGUGAUAGAUUAUCCCGUAUUGCUCCUCCUGGUCUUGAUGAGUUUAAAAGCAAAGCCAUCACUGUAAAAGAGAAGCCUAUUUCCAGCCAAGCAGGCAGUGUCAUUCCCCGAGUCGAGCCUGGCGGGACAGAGUAUAAUUAUGCCUCUGCUAUUAAGGGUGCCAAGGUCUUAGAUUUUAACAAGGAAGCUAAAGGUGCUUCCAGCAUCUUAGACAAAGAUAAGGACAUGUAUCUCCGAAAUCCAGGCUCUGCAGAGAAAUUUGUUGUUAUAGAGCUUUCAGAAGAAACAUUAGUUGAUACCAUUGAACUAGCAAAUUUUGAGCACUACUCUUCUAAUUUAAAAGAUUUUGAACUGCUGAGUAGUUUAAUUUAUCCAACUGACAACUGGGUCAAUCUUGGUAAUUUUACUGCUGUGAAUGUGAAACAUGCCCAGAGGUUUUCUCUUCCAGAAUCAAAGUGGGCGAGGUAUCUAAAACUCAAUUUGCUCAGCCAUUAUGGUUCAGAGUUCUACUGUACACUAAGUGUGGUGGAGGUGUAUGGAGUGAAUGCUGUUGAGAGGAUGCUGGAGGAUCUGAUCUCUGUUGAUCAUAGACGGUUGGAGCCUGAAGAACGUAAUGCUGAACAAAUACCACUGCAAGAACCAGCUCAUAGAGAUGAUACCUAUGAAGAACUUACUACAGGAAUUGAUGAUGAAUCACCAUUUGAAAGUCCAAAGACAAAACAGGAGUCAUCGAAAAACAAUGUGCCUGAUCCAGUUGUUAAGACAAGGCCGCCACAAUUUGAUCAAAAAAAGGAGACAAAGCCACUGCAAGUUGGAAGGAUGCCUGGAGAUGCUGUUCUCAGAGUACUAAUGCAGAAAGUCCAUUCCCUCGACAUGAAUUUUUCUGUUUUGGAGCAGUACCUCAAGGAGUUGAACAGCAGAUAUGGACACAUCUUUAAAGACUUUGAUGAUGAUAUUGCUGAGAAGGAUCAGCUUCUGGAGAAAAUCAAAUUAGAGAUAGAGAAUCUUCAAAACAGUAAAGAUGGUUUUGCCAAUAACAUUGGAGAGCUGCUCACGUGGAAAAUCCUUGUUUCCUCUCAAUUGGACCAGGUGGUCAGAGAUAGUGCAAUGCUCAGGAUGGAGUAGCAUUGUAUGAGUUAAAUAAACCAAGAUAGCACCAUCUGAGCAGCUCGCCGACUUGUAGUGAGUGUAGGAUGAGCAUCAGAUGAUACUGGAUUUUUGAAUGCAAGAAAAAUAGAAUGAGGCAAUGCUGCAUCUACAAGUUCUGCAGAUAAAAAACAAUUUUAACAAGUAAUAUUUCAACCUAUACUAUAAAUCUAUAAUUAGGCAGUGCAGACAUGAAGUACCGAUAGAUCACAGGAUGUAGAGAACCAUUGUUCUCUUUUGAAAACUAGCAUCAUUUCUACAUGUCUGUUUGCCGGAUAAUGACUGUGGAUAUGCUUCUCAAUAAAAGUUGUUCAAUUUGCCUGCCAUGGUUUUGAAUCUCGCCCACAUUAACAUGGUACUUAGAGAUAAUUUUUGAUGUAAUGGUGAUUAGAGAGCGAGGGUGACGCAGUCGGCUGAUCUGGUUGAAUUGUUCUGUUUGAGAGAUCAAUUCAAACAUAUAACCCAUAUUUCUGUCUUGAGGUGAGACUCAGAAUAUUUUAAAAAAAUUCAGUCUGAUGCCGUGGAGUGAAUUCCUACCACUUGCAGAUGUUCAGCACUCAUGGGGGAUUGCAUGAAUGGCCGUGUUUGCAAGAGAAGAAGGCAUUGAUAGAUCUUAUAUCCUGUAUGAAAUGCCCUCCCACUGCAUGAAUGGCUGUGUUUGCAAGAGAGGAAGGCAUUGAUUGCUGCAAUAUUCUGUAUGAAUGCCCUCCCACUGUUGGCUGGUGUACUUUUGUCUCCUGUACUCGAGCUGAGCCAAGUUUCAGCAUGGUUGGACGACUAGGGGUUCCUUUAUAAUUGGUCGAUAUCUCUCCUAGUGAGUUAUGGGGACAGCCCCAUAGCAGUCCAGCUCAAGAUGAAAGAUUUAUGACUCGCCUGAGCCUUUCAUUGGUUGAAGAGAGUGGGGUAGGGUUGGUGGCAGAUUGGUGGCCCUACGUUACCUACUGCCCCUAACACGCUACCAAUGGGCUGCCUAUUUCGCCUCCUAUAUUGGUAUACCAUCUCUAAAAUGGAACGGGUGAUAGGAGGACUGGGGGCAAGUUGUUCCGAGUAACAAGAGCAUAGUUGAUUUAGGAGGAUUUUACUUUGGCCACUACGAGUAAGGCUGGAUAGAGUUUAGAAGCAAGAUCCGCCAUAUCAGAAAAUUGAGUCGUGCCCAAAACUUCCGAAGGCCGCAACUUGGUGGUACGACGUUUGAUUGACAUGGUCGUUUUUUUUUUUUUAAAUCGGGCAAUUGUCAAGAUCUUCUACAUGAUGCUACGCCUUUUAGAGAGCGAGGCCCCUAGUGAUCGAGUACAAAUUCUAUCGUUUGAGAUUUAAAACGGACCGGUCAAAUCAAAAAUUUCUUUUUCGGGUAAGACUUUAGUCGAACGUACAUCUUUAUCCAAGAAGAAUUAGAAGAUAGAGUUAAUGUAGAAGUCAAGAUCUACUUCUUCCAUAAUUUUAGCUUUUUGUAGAAGAUUUCUACUAAUGAUAUCUAUUUUAGAAAAUAAAGUCCUAUUAAGAUUAAAAAGGGGCAUCCGACCCAAAUCAUAUAAAGGCAGACUUCACUAUUAUAAAUAUAGAUUAUGUAUUUUGAUUUUUUAAUCAUUAAUAAAAGAAAAUGAGACUUAGGCCCUACUUUCGUAAUUCUUCCAUCUUGUUCUAGUUUUAUUAUGAAGAUUCGAGUUGAACGACUUGAAGAAAAUCUUUCUCUGAUUGGAUCAAUAAUGAGCCAAAUAGCGACAACACGAAAUCUGUGAGGGAUUCCAUGAGCUAGCCCAAGUAUCAAUCAUUUGGAGCUAGACCAUGGGAUUUACUAGCAUCUGGGUGAUAUCCAGACAGUGCCUUGCAAUGAAGCCCCGGUUGGGUUACUGUUAAUGCUGCAAGUUGAGCGCCUUUCUGAAAUGCUAAGAGCUGUUGUAUCAAAAAGUGCGGUCAGCAUUGGCUCUAUUUUUUUCCCCCGAGUGGAGGAAGACUGAAGUUCACAUUACAGGCCUUGUAAUUAGAAUGGUCUCUCAGAAACAGAUCAGUGGGCUUUGUUAGACAGGCACAGGCACUACAAUAUUCUAUUCAAAUCUUGACACCAGCAUUGACAAGAAAGCUUUUUUUUUUUUGGAUGAAGCAUUGACAAGAAAGUUACAAUGCUUGGUGACGUCUCUUGUAGAUAUGACCACCCUUGAGAAAGUGCCGGUAUGAUAGAUUGGUCAGGUAUAGUUCUACCAUCACUGAAUCAAUGGUCACAGGGGCUUCUUGACAUAAAGUCAUGUUUAUACUUUGUAGCAGAUAUCAUUUGAUGUAGAGAAAGCUUCUUCAUCACCAUAUAUGCACAACAAAGAAGCUGUCUGUAGACUGGGUGAUGGUCUCCUUAAUUAUAAGAGGGUGGAUCUGACAAGUGAUGCUUGAAAUAAUAGAAGGAAAAAUCCGAGGUCAUGAAAAAUCCCAGGCGUUAAAGGGGAGAAUGGCAAUGACAUUGCUUGUGGAAAACAGGCCAACAAAUAAACAAAUGGGUUGAAGAGAAAGGGAAAGAGGUCCUACUCGAGAUAAGGUACCCAAGUCCAGAUAUUGCAAAUGAAUGGAGAACCACCAUUUCAAUGAAAGGAGGGAUUUGACCAAGGGCAUCGCCUAGUUCACCAAGUACAAUGCAAGGAAGUCAGAAAGUGUGUUUUUUAUUUUCUUUGUUACCAUUGAGACAAGUAGAUAUCUUAAAAGCAAAGAAGUAAAUGUUAUUUGAAUUCAUUUGUAGUAUUUGAUGUUCUCCUUUCCAAGUGAACUCACCAUUGUUGUUUGUUGA